CAGACACCACCCGGGCAUUGGCUUUUGACGACUCGGGUAGCAACGAAAUAGGAUACGAGGGGGUUAACGAGGUAGAGAACGAAGACGACAAGAAUGAUGCCGAGUAUUAAAACCUGCCAGUAGCUUGUAUGCUCGAUGGCCUGCUAGCCAAGACUAUUCUCAGCAUCCAGAACCCGCCAGAACGAACAGUCUGUGGCAGGACGACCUCUCGCUGCAAAACACCAUGGCUGACAAUAAAAGACGCCAUAACAGUCGUCAUAGAUCUCUAUGGGCUGCUACGCAGCUGCCCAGGUUCCUCUACGGAGCAGCUCGGGAAGAAGAAUCGCGUCGUAUAUGGGGAUGAGACACAGGAGGAUUUAGCGGCAGGACAAGAAACCGAACCCAAUGAUGGUCUUCACAAUAAACGCAAAAACGAGCUCUACUAGAUCCAUCUCGUAAAAUAUGAACCGACGCAGCUGAGAAAAGUAUACUCAGAUCAAUGUCUCGACUCUAGACUGGGUGGGGCAAGGCAGUCGCUGAUG